AUGGUAAUGCUGAGCGACCAUACCAUGCGUGCCAGUCUCCAGGUGGCCCCCCUUAAGCUUCACAAAUCCCAAUCCUGCGAUGCAUUGUCCGCGAAGCAGGAACAAUACAGCUCCAAAUCAUUCGCAACGACACACAUGACACCACCCGCAACACCCAAUGGCUCGCAGGAAGAUCUGGCAGCGCAAAUGCCGCCGCCGGUAUUUCACAACUUCCUGCGAGCUUUCUACCCUUUCCACCCGAGUUAUGCAAUGACCGACUCAAGCGUCACCCUACCAUUAAACGAAGGCGACAUCAUUCUUGUGCACUCGAUUCAUACGAACGGAUGGGCCGAUGGAACUUUAUUGGUUUCGGGGGCAAGAGGAUGGCUUCCCACCAAUUAUUGUGAGGCAUACGACCCUGAGGAGAUGAGAAACCUUUUGAAGGCUCUCCUCAACUUCUGGGAUUUAUUACGCAGCACCUCGGUCAAUGACAGUGAAAUCUUCGGUAACCAAGAGUUUAUGAAGGGUAUCAUCGCUGGAGUGCGUUAUCUCUUGGAACGGACGCAUUGCUUGACCAGGGAAUCGGCCAUCAUCACCCGCAACGAGAACCUGAGGCGUGCCAGGAAAACAUUACUUUCAGAGUUAUCAGCGUUGGUCAAGACGGCAAAAAAGUUGCAGGAAGCGCAAAAGGGCAUCUUGCAGCCCUCAGAAGAUGUUAACGAUAUUAUUGAUGAGAUGAUUCUCAAGGCUUUCAAGAUCGUUACAAAGGGCGUGCGGUUCUUCGAUAUCUUGGAGGAUGAUCGACGGCAACGGGCGCCAGCGGUAACGGUUAUGGCGACCGUUAUCGAGGAGUCUUACAUCCCCCCAACGCCGCCCGCAGAUCACACCAAGUUCGAUGAGACUCGCCAUGCAGCUUCCCGAGGAGCGACGAACAGAACGCCGUCGCAGCCAAAUGCUGCGAUGAAUUCACCAAACGCACCAACGAACAAGCGUCUUUCGACCCUCUAUUCCCCCGCCAGCCCCAACUCUCACCGAUUGUCUCAAAAUGUCAAACGACUGUCAUCCAGUAUUUCGCAUCGAGUUUCAUUGGCCGGCCCGUCACCGCUGUCCAGACCGCAUCAUCUUGUCUCGGAACGCCUUAACAAGAGUCACGACACUUUCCUGUCCCACCUAGGCUCAUUCAUUGGCCGUCUGCACCUGCAGUCUCAAUCUCGACCGGAAUUGGCUUUCGCCAUCAAGCUCUCGGCCACGUCUGGCGGAGAGUUGUUGGCCGUGGUCGAUGUUGUUUGCGGACACAGCACCAGUUCAGAUAUGCUUGUUCGAGCGAGGGAAAUGAUGUUCGAGCGCAUCCGCGAAUUGGAGUUGGCAGCCGGUCAAAUCAUCCGCCAUGCCGUAAUGCAGGAUGCCGACGUCAUCAUGCCCCAGGACAACAGCAUGUUGCUAAUGGCCGCUACGGGAUGCGUGAAGGCCGCCGGCGAAUGUGUGGCCAAGACUAAGUGGGUUAUUGAACGUGUGGGCGACUUUGAGUGUGAGUUUGAUGUUGGCGACUUGGGCAUUGACCUCAGCGUGCUGGAUUUCGCUCCUGAACCACACCACCGACGACCGUCCCUUGCUCCGUCAGUUGCAGAGACAACGACGACAGAGGCCACCAGCGUUGCGGAGUCUCACAAGAGUACUGACUCUGUACAUUCUGUUGUACCGUCAACGCCCCACCGACCUAGUCUUGUUGCCAACGACAAGCCGCUCCCUCAACUACCACAGACUGAAUCACUCGCUGGUCAAGAAGUUCGGCGCCAUCGGUCUUCCUCUCAAAAUUCAGGUGCAUCAAAUUCGCGACCGUCGUCGUUCAACGAUGAUGCCGCUGCGAGCGCUGCGUCUUCAUUCUCAUCAAUCCGGCCGACUCUGCCUCCUCUCCCCAAACUCUCUACAUCCCUGCUCCCGGGAGAUGAAUACGGCCCCAUCGAAAACAUGGGCCAAGACGGUGAUUACCACCCCUCCUCCCGUGUUGACAGCAUGACCGCGUCGAGUGCCGGCAGCAGCAGCACCUAUCUUAGCCGUGACUCGGAGGCGAGCCUCGUAUCCCAAACAUCUACCCGUGCAACUACUCCGGAUCACACUCUGGCACCACGGAACAAGCCGUCCAUGUCGGAUCUCAGCAACGCCGGCAGUUCUAACAAUCAUGAGGAGGUUGACGAGGUCGAGUCGAGGAUGUUGGAGAAGACGUACGCCCACGAGCUCAUGUUCAAUAAGGAGGGCCAGGUUACAGGUGGCUCCCUCCCCGCACUUGUCGAGCGUCUGACAACCCACGAAUCUACUCCCGACGCAACCUUUGUCUCGACUUUCUACCUUACUUUCCGGCUCUUCUGCAGUCCUAUCAAGCUGGCUGAGACUCUCAUUGACCGAUUCCACUAUGUCGCCGAGGCGCCUCACAUGGCCGGUCCUGUCAGACUCCGCGUUUACAACGCCUUCAAGGGUUGGCUCGAAUCGCACUGGCGAGACGAGACUGACCGCGAAGCGCUCAGCCUCAUCGAGCCGUUUGCCGAAUACGAGCUGGGCAACGUACUGCCAUCUGCAGGCCGUCGACUACUGGAGCUUGCUCAGCGGGUGUCCAAUGACGGCUCGCUCGUCCCUAGACUUGUGUCUUCCAUGGGGAAGACAAAUACCUCAAUCGCUCAGUACAUUCCGGCGGACACCCCUCACCCGCCUCUUGCUGUUACCAAAAGCCAGUUCUCCCACCUCUUGGCUUGGAAAAACGGCGGCAGCAACCCCACCGUGCUCGAUUUUGACCCGCUCGAGAUCGCUCGCCAACUUACUAUCAAGCAGAUGACUAUUUUCUGUGCCAUCAUGCCUGAAGAGCUUCUUGCGUCGCAGUGGAUGAAGAAAAGCGGCGUACAUGCUCCGAACGUCAAGGCCAUGUCAGCCUUGUCCACUGACUUGUCAAAUCUCGUUGCCGAGACCAUUCUCCACUACUCGGAGGUGAAGAAGCGCGCUGCCGUCAUUAAACAAUGGAUCAAAGUGGCUCACCAAUGUCUUGAGCUUCACAACUAUGAUGGUCUAAUGGCUAUCAUCUGCAGCUUGAACAGCAGCACCAUCAGCCGCCUUCGCAAGACUUGGGAAGUUGUCUCUCCUAAACGACGUGAGAUGCUCCGCACUCUGCAAGCCAUUGUCGAGCCAUCACAAAACAACAAGGUCCUGCGGACGCGUCUUCACGACCACGUUCCACCUUGCUUACCCUUUCUCGGCAUGUACUUGACCGAUCUUACAUUUGUCGACAUCGGAAACCCAGCGACUAAGCAGCUCCCUACCCUGGGCGGUGAUGGCUGCGAAGAAAACGGUGGUGGCUUAACAGUGGUCAACUUUGACAAGCACACUCGCACGGCAAAGAUUAUCGGGGAACUGCAGCGGUUCCAAAUUCCCUACCGGCUGAAUGAGCUCCCCGAAAUGCAAGAGUGGAUGGCGGCCCAAAUUUUCCGCGUCCGCGAGAGUGACCCAAGCAACGUUCAGGUCAGCUACUACCGCAAGAGUCUUCUGCUUGAGCCUCGUGAGAUGGCGAUGCGAGCUCCCGCUGAGCCUCAGGCCACUACCACGACCAGCCAACGUGGCGGCGACCUCUUUGGUUGGAUGAGCCGAGAUCGCGGGGCGGCUACGCCCACACCGAUUUGA